AACACUUUGUGAACUCAUUGUGUGAUAAAGUGUUAUCUUUGAACACUUUGUGUACUCAUUUUCAAGAAAAUUUAGCUUCAAAAGAAUGGUGGGGUUCUUCAAGAAUUGGUUUUUGUGACAAAGUUGUUUUCUUUAACACUUUGUGAACUCAUUGUGUGAUAAAGUUGUUAUCUUUGAACACUUUGUGUACUCAUUUUCAAGAAAAUUUAGCUUCAAAAGAAUGAUGGGGCUCUUCAAGAAUUCUAACUAGUUUGUUUAUGUGACAGAGUUUUAAACUUUGAAGAUUUUGUCAUCUCAUUUUCAAGAAACUUUUUAAGCUACAAAAAGUGAUGAAGGGUUUCAAGAAUUCAAGAUUGUGUGUGUUAGUUAUCUUUUAUCUCCUCCAUUUUGGUGUCUGGUGCAAUGGUGAUGCUGAAAACAUGGGAGCUCAAAUGGAGAAAAAUGAGAUAAAUUCACUUUACUCAACCAUUCAAGGCUUUGUUGGUAAAUGGUGGAAUGGUUCAGAUCUUUAUCCAGAUCCUUGUGGUUGGACUCCAAUACAGGGUGUAUCUUGUGACCUGUUUGAUGGUUUUUGGUAUGUUACUGACUUAAACAUUGGACCUAUACAUGAUAAUUCUCUAAGUUGUGCAUCAAAUGUGGAAUUCAGCUCCAAUCUAUUCACAUUAAAGCACCUAAAAUCUCUCUCAUUUUUCAAUUGUUUCGUGUCGCCUCGCCAUCAUCCAACUUCAAUCCCAACAGAGAGGUGGGAGUUUCUUGCUAGUAGUUUGGAGUCACUCAAGUUUCGAUCAAAUCCCGGUCUCAUUGGCCAAAUCCCAAGUACAUUUGGUAGGCUCAUAAAGCUCCAAUCUUUAGUACUAGUAGAAAAUGGACUCUCUGGUGAAGUGCCACAAAAUCUUGGGAAUUUAGUGAACUUGAAAAGAUUAGUUCUUGCUGGAAACAAACUCAACGGCGAAAUCCCGGAUACUUUUGGAAGGUUCACUCAACUUUUGAUAUGUGAUUUAAGCAGAAACAAACUAUCUGGUGUCUUGCCUAAACCAUUAUUUGGAGGGUUGAUCUCACUUUUGAAACUUGAUUUGAGUUACAACAACUUACAAGGCAAAAUCCCAGAAGAGAUCUCACAAAUGAAGAAUUUAACACUUUUAGACCUUAGUAACAACAAGUUAUCAAGUGGAUUACCUAAGUCAAUUCAAGAAAUGACAUGUUUGGAGGAGUUAGUCUUGUCAAACAACCCAAUGGGUGGAUUCUUGGAUAUUCUUGAUUGGUAUAACAUGAUAAAGUUAACAACUUUGGAUUUGUCAAACAUGAAUUUGACAGGUGAGAUACCUAAGUCUAUAGUAGAGUUAAAAAAGUUAAGAUUUUUGGGACUUAAUGACAAUAAACUCAUUGGUAAAAUCCCAAAAAAUCUUGAACAUUUGCCUAAUGUAAGUGCUAUUUACCUAUAUGGUAACAAUCUGACAGGUGAACUUCAAUUCUCUCAAUGGUUUUAUAGGAAAAUGGGAAGGAGAUUUGGGGCAUGGGGGAAUCAAAAUUUAUGUUACUCUUUUGGUUUGGUGUCAAGUGAUGUUCCAUUUGGGGUAAAACAAUGUCAACAAGAACUCAAGUUUGUUAUUGAUGUUGAGAUGAACUCAAGUUUUGUGGAUUUUCAAUCUUCAAUGGGAUAUUUGAAUGAUUGUGGGAUUUGGAGAUGUUUUGUAGUUGAACUAUUUAUGGUUAUUCUACUAUUGUUGAAAUGAAAGGAAUUUGACAA